AUGCCGCACGGAGACGACGCAGGGCAAUACGAGGAGCUGAAGGGGAUGCACUACCUGCACGCAGCGCUCACGGAGGCGAUGCGGCUGUACCCGCCGGUGCCGAUCAACACGCGCAUGGCCGCGGCCGCAGACGUGCUUCCGAACGGCACGACGGUGCGGACCGGCUGGUGUGCGGACUACUCGACAUACACGAUGGGGAGGAUGCCGCGGCUGUGGGGUGAUGACUGCCGCCAGUUCCGACCCGAGCGGUGGCGCCAUGGUGAUCGCGGCGAGUUCGUGGCGAUCAACGCGGCGAGGUACCCGGUGUUCCACGCGGGGCCGCGGGCGUGCCUCGGAAAGGAGUUGGCUUACAUGCAGAUAAAGGCCGUGGUGGCCGCCGUGAUCCGGAGGUUCACGGUGUUGAUGGUGGAGACGCCGGCGAGCAUGGACGCACCGCCGCCUUACGAGCUCCGCGUGCGGAUCAAGAAGCGGGAGGAUCACUUCUAA